UCCUGACUUACUUCAUCAAUACUGCAUGCAGCUGUAGGGAGCUGGCUGUGUUCUCUGCUGCAAACCCAGGACUAGCAAUUCUCUCUCCAAAUAUACCUACCCCCUCCUCCUCUCUUCAUCACAGUCUUAAAUACUGAGUGGAAUACAAUGCAAAGAAUUUGCAGUCUUGCCAAUGUCAGUUUCUGCAUGCUCUGAAUAAGCCAAGAGGAGCUCUAAACAACUCAGACAUGUUCCCUCUUCUAAGGUUAUGAAGAUACCUCCUAACAUGAAGAGACCUAUUCUGUCAACCAUUUGGACACUUUUCAUCUCUACUUUAAGUUUCAGGCUCUUAUAGUGUUUACUCAACUAAAAUAUGGCUUAGAAUCUCAACUUCUGUCUUUGAGGGAUCAUUGCAUGUUUAGUGUUUUUCACAGUUUUUUGUACUUGGACCAUAAUGGGGGGAUGCUUCUCCAAACCCAAGCCAGUGGAAGUCAAAGUUGAAGUUGUCCUUCCAGAAAAAGAAAGGGAAAAAGAAGAAUUAUCUCCCAAUGGGAAGGCCAGUCCUCUAGCAUACAAAACAAAUGGAACAACUCGACACUAUCACCAUGAAGAAAGACCCAUUGGUCUUAAUCCUUACACCAAUCCCAAAGACAUUGUGGAAGCCUCAGUGUGCCAUGUAAAGGACCUAGAGAAUGGACAGAUGCGGGAGGUUGACUUGGGAUGUGGCAAAGCUUUGCUCAUCAAGCAGAAUGGAGAAUACUAUGCAAUGGGACACAAAUGCCCUCACUAUGGAGCACCAUUGGUGAAAGGUGUACUUUCUCGAGGAAGAGUACGUUGUCCAUGGCAUGGAGCAUGUUUUAAUAUUGCGACUGGUGAUCUAGAAGAUUUCCCAGGAUUGGAUGGUUUGCCAAAAUUUCAGGUUAAAAUAGAGAAGGAAAGAGUAUACAUUCGUGCCAGUAAACAGGCUUUACAGUCACAAAGAAGGACCAAAGUUAUGGCUAAAUGUAUUGCACUGAGUAAUUAUAGUACAGCAAUUACUAAUAUUCUCAUAAUUGGAGCAGGGCCAGCUGGAUUAGUGUGUGCAGAAACAUUAAGACAGGAGGGAUUCUCAGAUAGGAUUGUAAUGUGUACUUCAGAGAAGUAUCUACCAUAUGAUCGCUCCAAACUAAGCAAAUCAAUGGAUUCUCAGGCAGAACAGAUUUUCCUAAGAUCCAAGGAAUUUUUCCACAUGUACGAUAUUGAAGUGCUAACUGAGACACAGGUUAUCAACGUGGACACAAAGAACAAGACGGUUGUUUUUAAGGAUGGAUUUAGAAUGGAAUACAACAAGCUGCUUAUUGCUACUGGAAGCACCCCUAAAACUUUGAAAUGUAAAGGAAAAGAACUGGACAAUGUUUUCACAAUUCGAACUCCAGAAGAUGCCAACAGAGUGGUGAAGCUGGCAAGUAACAGGAAUGUUGUAAUUGUGGGAGCAUCUUUCUUAGGGAUGGAAGUGGCAGGCUACCUGUGUGAAAAAGCUCACUCUGUGUCUGUGGUGGAAUUGGAGAACAUUCCCUUUAAGAAGUUUCUAGGAGAAAAAGUUGGACUUGCCAUCAUGAAGGUAUUUGAAAGCAACCGGGUAAAGUUUUACAUGCAGACUGAAGUUUCUGAACUAAGAGAACAAGAGGGAAAGAUGAAAGAAGUUGUGCUGAAGAGUGGAAAGGUCCUCAGAGCUGAUGUGUGUGUGAUUGGAAUAGGUGCAAGUCCUACUACAUGCUUCCUAAAACAGAGUGGGGUCACUAUCGAUGCCAAAGGAUAUAUUCCUGUUAACAAGAUGAUGCAGACGAACAUUCCUGGUGUCUUUGCUGCAGGGGAUGUUGUGAUUUUCCCAUUAGCUUUUCGCAAUAACAAGAAAGUCAAUGUACCUCACUGGCAGAUGGCACAUAUGCAAGGUCGCAUAGCAGCACUGAACAUGCUGGCACAAGGCACUGAAAUCAACACUAUUCCAUAUCUUUGGACAGCCAUGUUUGGAAAGAGUAUACGUUAUGCAGGCAAUGGAGAAGGUUUUGAUGAUGUUAUCAUUCAAGGGGACAUUGAGGAACUAAGAUUUGUGGCAUUUUAUACAAAGCGAUCCAAAAGGAGCUUGUAUCCCAAUAGUCAGAUGACAUCCAUCGUAGAUCAAUUGAGGAAUGAUGAAGUCAUUGCAGUAGCCAGUAUGAAUUAUGAUCCAAUAGUUUCCAAAGUGGCAGAAGUCAUGGCAUCUGGAAAAUCUAUUCGCAAGCGUGAUGUUGAGAUGUUUAUUCGUCAUGGCAAAACUGGUGACAUUUCUUGGCUCACAGGGAAGGGCUCAUAGCCAAUUGAGAAUGACAAUAUAUUAAGAAGAUAAUGACAAUAAUGCAUGCACAAUGGUGAAAUGCUCAACAUUAAAGGUCCUGCUGACAAUGAGAUUCCUGUUUGGCUUUUACAUACUUCUCGAUGAACUCCAAAUCACAAAGUGUGCUUUUUUCUGAAAGACAUUGAUGAGAAGUAGAGCCCGAAGUUCUUCAAGCUACAAAGGAUUAAAAAUGAUGCCGCAAAUUUCAUUUUCCUUUUGAUUCAUCGAACUUGCUUGAAUGCUGAAGCAUCACAUUUUUGAGAACACCAAUUCAUUUUACUCUCUGAAAUGAAUAACGUGACCUUGAACUGAAGCAUAUUUCCUCUUUUAUUCUCUACAUCUCAUGAACCAAUUUAGUUUUUAUCUUGAAACAAUGAGCCAAACAUCCUGACUCAACUCUUUCUUUUUUAACAAAUUUGUGUCAAUCAUUAGGAUCAGAGUUUACAACCUGAUUUACUGUAAGGUGUAUGAAUUGCACUUAUUUAAAUUUUUUAAAUCUGUAAUAAUUAA